AGAGAGUAGCACAUGGAAAUAUGGAAUACGGUUUUCUGGGUUUCUUUUUGAAAGUAGUGGCGAUUGGCGAAUCAUCGUAUAAGUCUAAGUAAACCAUUGCCUGAAGACAAGUACUCAACCUGGCAAUAAUCGAACAAUGAAACUAAGAGCAAUGGUGAACAGAGAAUAUACCUAGACAACUAGCAAGAAAAAUAUGUAUCAUGUGCUCUAAUUACGCCGGCAUGUCUUUGCUUUCUAAGCCAAUGCACCCCUUGAUGACUCGUCAUUCUCUAUAAUAACCAACUAGCAAGAAAAUAUGUAUCAUGUUCUCUAAUUAGGCUGGCAUGUCUUUGCUUUCUAAGCCAAUGCCUCCUCUGACUCUGUCAUUUCUCUAUAAUAGCCGUUUCCCAUCAUUUCUCUUCCAAUCAUCACUCGAUUAGUCAUGACUUCAGCCCUUAAUUUUUCUUCCAGCUUAGUAGUUGUCCUACUAGCAGCAGCUUUUUUUGCUUCUCCAGCAUGUUCAACAUCUCAGCAAGCACUAGAGCACCCACAUAAUAAGGGCUUUCGAGUUGAGCUCAAGCAUGUUGAUUCAGGCAAGAACUUGACCAAGUUUGAGCAAAUACAGCUUGGGAUUAAGCGGGGGAGACAGAGGCUACAAAAGGUGAAUCCAUCGGUUUAUGAUUCCAAAUCUGCACCACAAAUUUUAGGUCCAAUUAGUUCUGGGAAUGGGAUUGGCGAGUUCUUAUUGGAGUUCAAAAUGGGUACACCAGGGGUCUCAAUCUCUGCUAUUCUGGACACUGGGAGCGACUUGGUAUGGGUUCACUGCUAUUACCGAAAACAAAAUACGCCAUUUUACGAUCCAGGAAAGUCAUCGAGCUACUCAGCGCUGUCAUGCUCAAGCACACUAUGUGAAGCAUUGCCGCAAGUAUCAUGUGGUCGUGGUUGCAAUUAUUUCUACUCAUAUGGUGAUCACUCUUACACAGAAGGAUUGAUGGGCACAGAAAUCUUCAUAUUUGGUCCCGUCUUUCUUCCAAAAGUCGCGAUUGGCUGUGGAGUAGAUAAGAAAGACGAUGGGUUCGAACCAGGAUCUGCUCUUGUUGGUCUGGGACGUGGACCUUUAUCACUUGUCUCGCAACUUGAGGAGUCCAUUUUCGCUUAUUGUGUAUCUUAUGCGGGUAAUACCAAAGCCGGUAUACUUCUGAUGGGCUCGCUAGCAAGUCUGAAUAUAAAACCAAAUGAAAUUAAAACAACACCUUUGAUCAGAAACCCAUCAAUGCCAUCUUUCUAUUAUCUCUCACUUGAAGGAAUCACAGUUGGAGGAACUACAUUACCCAUCAAGAAAUUCCUUGCACUUGAGGAUGGCGAGGGUGGCCUGAUCAUAGACUCUGGCACAACAGUCACAUUUUUACCAGAAACUGUUUUUGACCCGGUAGCAAAGUUGUUCACACAACAAACCAAGCUCACCGUCGACUCGCCUCCCUCGUCGGAGCUCCCUCUCUGCUUCAAAUUUCCGAUGAACGUAGACAAAGUUGGAGUGCCAGAGUUGAUAUUCCAUUUUGAUGGAGCAGAUUUGAAAUUGCCAGUAGAGAACUAUAUAAUUGUAGAUAAGCUCAAGGGACUAUUGUGCUUGGCCAUGGUUUCUACAAAAGGUGGUUUGUCAAUAUUUGGCAAUUUCCAGCAGCAGAACAUAUUGGUGAUCCAUGAUCUUGUGAAGGAGACUGUAUCAUUUGUUCCUAGACAAUGUGCUGAUAUACGAUGAU